CUGUGAGCAGAACCGUAUGCACUGGAUUAGUAUUUGAUUGAUUGUGGUGCAAAUAAGACGUGCCGCAAUGCGUUCCUCCCUUGAAGUGUGGUACAAACGGUCAUAUGUGUACAAAAUUCUGGCAGCAACGUUGCUCUUGAAUCUGUUGGGCAUCUCCAUGGUGGUGAAUCGGCAGGCUUUUCGCAUUGCCCUAGGAGGCGACAGAGUUGUGGCAAAGGAUCCUAAGCGAGCUGUUGUGAGGAAUCGAGAUCAUUUGGCCAUCGAUACUCGAAGUGAUCCAGAAGAAGCGGUUGUAUUUGAGAAUAUAAGCAGAGAUAUACCCUACCUUCCCAUCGAGGAUCUCAACAACAUUCACUACAAGAAUCGCAAUUUGAACCAUUCCUGUGCAUGGUACCCCUCGUUUCGGGACAUACAGAUUCACAAUGAUUAUUGGCAGGAGUUCCACAACAGAAACAUCACUUACUACCUGUUUGGGGCCUAUCUGGAUAAUAGACCGAGCGUCGUCUAUGACCAUCCCAUGGUGAGGGUUUUGACGAUGAUACACUUCAUAGCAGCAAAUGCCUCCGAUUAUCCGCCCACCUAUUGCCAACUGUGGUACAAAGAAAAGCCGGAGCCGGUGAUUACACUGGCCAGCGAUUUGCGGCGCAUCUGGUACUACGACUGGGGCCAUGGACCCGAACACAAUUAUGCCCAUUUGCUGGGGUGUCCUGUGUCGGAGGAGCACAAAAAAUGGAUUCCCAAAACUGUAUCGCUAGUUGUCUCUCCGUGCGACAAGGCCACCAACAAUGUUAAAGUCUUCUACCAGCCCUUGAAGGAAGACGAGCAGAAGAAGGGGUUUGCUGUGUGUGUCAAGGGAUUAGACUAUCCCUAUGUGGAUGUGUCGCACCGUCUUGUGGAGUAUGUCGAAACUCUGCGCUCCCUGGGAGCUGAGAAAAUCAUGAUGUACAACCUUCAGGUGCAUCCCAACACAACGAAAGUGCUGAAGUAUUACGAGGAAACCGGAUUCUUGGAAUAUCGGCCCUUCAGUUUGUCCUUGGAGGUGAGCAAUCUAAACGAAUAUAGGCACAUGGAAAUGGCCAAGAACGGCUUCGCUUACAUACUGCAUGAGGUGGUGCCCUACAACGACUGUCUGUAUCGCAACAUGUAUCUCUACAAGUAUGUGGCCGUCAUAGAUGUGGACGAGAUUCUCAUGCCCUUGGGCAAAUAUUCCAACUGGUCUCAGCUGAUGGAGUAUGGGGAGAAGAUAACCAAUCCGAAUUGUAAGCAUUUCGCCAGUUACUGUUUCCGCUGCAUCUACUUUCCCCAGUAUGCAGAGAAGCCGGUAUACAGCAAGGACAUUCCCCCAUAUUUCUACAUGAUGCAGCAUGUGCAUCGGGUGAAGGAGCACAUAAGGCCUCAAUGGGCCACAAAAUGUCUGCAUAACACGGAACGUGUCAUAGCCACCCAUAAUCAUUUUCCCAUACAAUGGAUAUGGGAUGUAUGUCCCAGUUUCUCCUUUGAAUCCGCCGAUGCCCAGUUGCAGCAUUAUCGCGAACCGCCCCUAAAGGACACCUUAGAUGAUCCGGUUGUGGAUACAAGUUUGUGGCGUUUUAAAGACGAUGUAAUAGAGAGAUCAAUGAAAGUAUUUGAAGACCUUAGCUUUUUCAAGGAGGUGUCCUAUGACGACUGA